CUUUUGCGGUCCGGCCACCGCGUAUGUAGGAUUGAGCAAGAGGCUGGUGCCAGGCUGAGGCUGUUGAGCUCCAAGGCUCGGUGCUCCGGGCAAGGUGUCUGCUGGGACUCUGGCGAGCUCAGCUCCCUGGUUAAGCAGGUGCCAGAGCACAGUGCUGUGUCUCCAGCAGCUCCAAGGGCUCUGUGCUCACCCUGUCCUGGUGGCGUCUGAGUUUGAACAUGGUGCAAAAAUACCAGUCUCCUGUCCGAGUGUACAAGUAUCCGUUUGAGCUGGUCAUGGCGGCCUAUGAGAAGCGCUUCCCCACCUGCCCCCUCAUCCCUGUUUUCCUGGGCAGUGAAAUCCUGGGCGAGUGGAGAAGCGCCGAUGGGGCUGUGCACACGGUGGAGCGGAGCUGCCGACUGCGUGUGGAUGCCCCGCGGCUGCUGCGGAAGAUUGCUGGUGUGGAGCAGGUGGUAUUUGUGCAGAGAAACGUGCUGAACUGGAGAGAGAGAACCCUGCUGAUCGAUGCCCACAACGAAACCUUUGCCAGCCGAGUGACCGUGAAGGAAAACUGCCGCUACACAGUCCAUCCUGAGAAUGAAGACUGGACUUGCUUCGAGCAGUCUGCCUCCCUGGAUGUCCGGUCUUUCUUCGGCUUUGAAAGCACCUUGGAGAAGAUUGCCAUGAAGCAGUACACGGCCAACGUCAAGAGGGGGAAGGAGGUGAUUGAGCACUACCUGAGUGAGCUCCUUUCCCAGGGAACAUCUCACAUUCCCCGCUGGACACCUGCCCCAGUCUGGGAGGAAGAUGCCUGCAGCCAGGCUGUGCAGCAGUGUCCCAGCUCAAUGGUGACAGAUGACCCCAGUAAUGCCCCAGGCCCUGAUCCUGAGAUGGCCACAGCGGAUGGGCACAAGCUGGAUGCAGACUACAUCGAGAGGUGCCUGGGGCAUCUCACUCCUAUGCAGGAGAGUUGCCUGGUCCAGCUCCGACGCUGGUUACAGGAGACUCACAAAGGCAAGAUCCCCAAAGACGAGCACAUCCUGCGCUUCCUGCGGGCACGAGACUUCCACCUGGACAAGGCCCGGGACAUGUUGUGCCAGUCCCUGAGCUGGCGGAAGCAGCACCAGGUGGAUCUCCUUCUGCAGACCUGGCAGCCCCCUGCUCCCCUGCAGGAGUUCUAUGCGGGCGGUUGGCACUACCAGGACAUAGAUGGUCGCCCGCUGUACAUUCUGCGCCUGGGCCAGAUGGACACCAAAGGCCUGAUGAAGGCAGUAGGCGAGGAGGCGCUGCUGCAGCACGUUCUUUCUGUCAACGAGGAAGGACAGAAGAGAUGCGAAGGGAACACGAGACAGUUUGGCCGUCCCAUCAGCUCCUGGACCUGCCUACUGGACCUUGAGGGCCUCAACAUGCGGCAUCUGUGGCGGCCGGGGGUGAAGGCUCUGCUGCGGAUGAUCGAGGUGGUGGAGGACAACUACCCCGAGACCCUGGGCCGGCUGCUCAUCGUGCGUGCGCCCCGCGUAUUCCCGGUGCUAUGGACGCUGGUCAGCCCCUUCAUCAACGAGAACACCAGGCGGAAGUUCCUCAUCUACAGCGGCAGCAAUUACCAGGGCCCUGGCGGCCUGGUGGACUACCUGGACAAAGAUGUGAUCCCUGACUUCCUGGGAGGAGAGAGCGUGUGUAAUGUCCCAGAAGGAGGCCUGGUCCCCAAGUCUCUGUAUCUGACCGAAGAGGAGCAGGAGCAGGCUGACCAGCUACGGCAGUGGAGUGAGACCUACCAUGCAGCUAGUGUGUUCCGUGGAACCCCCCACGAGGUUGCCGUGGAGAUUCCAGAAGGAGAGUCAGUCAUCACCUGGGACUUUGACAUUCUCCGAGGAGACGUGGUGUUCAGUCUGUAUCAUGUAAAGCAGGCACCCACGCUCGGUUCCCAGGAGCCUGGGGUUAGAGUCAGUGGGCAGCUCAUCGACAAGAGCUGGGUCCUUGGGGCAGAUUACAGCCGUGUAGAGGCGCCCCUCAUCUGCCGGGAAGGCCAGAGCAUUCAGGGUUCCCAUGUGACUCAGUGGCCUGGCACCUACCUGCUCCAGUGGCAGAUUCACAGCCCCUCUGAGAGUGUGGCCUGCAGCCUUCCCGGUGUGGAUGAUGUCCUGACAGCUCUGCACAGCCCUGGCCCCAAAAGCAAACUGCUGUACUACUGUGAAGUGCUGGCAUCCCAAGACUUUAGGGGCUCAAUGUCCAGCCUGGAAUCCUGCACCAGCCGUUUCUCUCAGCUCAGCGCCACCACCUCUUCCUCCUCCUCUGGCCAGUCCCACAGUGGCUCACUGGUGUCCAGAUAGCUGACUGGGAGCCUGCUGGCAGCCCGAGUGCUCCUGGUAUCAGUGUCCAGGCUGAGAAGAGAGUCAGUCCAGACACGUGGGACCAUGCUGGAUACAGACGAUACCACAGCUGGGGUGUGGGGACCCCCACAGCAGAGAUCCACCUCUCUGCCUGUGAGCUGAGGGAGCCUUACUUCUCCACGCGUGAGCGGACAAGGACAGACUUUCUUUUAAAAGCUGAGACCUCAUGGAUACUCCAUCUCCUGUCCUGGAUCUGGAGUCUAGGGCUGGGACCAGGACUGGGCCCCUUCUCACCAUUUACUGUGCUUCUGAUAGGUUGGCUCUUUCCUCUGGGAGGCCUUUUCUACCAUGGGAUCAUCACUGUUGAACACCCUCCGCUAUCUCCCAGGAGAGUGAAGAAAGGAACUUCCCUUCCCAAAGUUACAGUCCACUCUCUUUAGCUUGCUGGGGCCCGGGUCCAUUCUGAGCCAAUCACAGUUGUCAGAGCGCUUGAAGGACACUUGAUUGCCAGUUCGGUCACACAGCCAAUCUGGACCAAUCACUGUGACUUGGGGGGGGGGGGGAUAGAAUACAGUGUAGUGAUUGGCCAGCCUGGAUUACGGAAUAGUGCUGGGGCCAAUCACGUGGUCUGGAAAGGGCAAGGUGUGCUGAAGGACUACUGGGGAUGGGUCGCUGGGAGCCGGUGCCUCAGUGGCUGUUUAGCUGUUUGUGGCCGAGCACUGUCCAGGGAGCUGUGAUGGGAGUCAGGGAUCCGCUUCCUACAGGUAACAACCCGUCAUGGACUGCAUUUCCGCUUUCUAGUCUGGGACGCACCUUACCCUGACUCAGGAACAUAGGGAGCCUAGGGCUUCUGCCUAGUUCUAGUGAUGGGGUGUUGGGGUGACUCCAGCCUCUCUUGUUCCCCUCCAGAGUCUCUUCUUCCUGGGGUGCGGCUCCUUUAUGAUAUUUAAAAACAACAACAACAACAACAACAAACUAAAACCCUGCCGGGUGGUGGUGAUACACACUUUUAAUCUCAGUACUCGGGAGGCAGAGGCAGGCGGAUCUCUGUGAGUUCUAGCCCAGCCUGGUCCACAGAGCGAGUUCCAGGACAGGCUCCAAAGCUACACAGAGAAACCCUGUCUUGAAAAGCCAAAACAAACAAAACAACAUCAAAAUCUAAAAUCCCUUUUCUCCAAAUGUCAGGACUCUCCUGGUCAGCCCAGGAGGACUUAGUUCAGACUGGAUCCGGUCUCAGCAUGGUGCUGGGAAACCCGAGGGUGGAGGUGGUUGUCUCUGGCGUUGCUCUGACUCCAGAACUCCAAGACUGAUACUACUUUCCAGAUCUUCCACAGGAGACUAGUGGGUCUUCUUGGAGACCAAGGACUUGUUCUUUUCAUUUCCUGGAUCCACAGAGGUUGAGGUCACUGCUUGGUGAUCUCCCCUUAGUUGCUGCCUUUCUUUGGCAUUUUUGUGUUUUGCCUACAGCGUGGCUUAAAACUUGAAGCAGAGCACACAGAAGUCAGGAUUUCUGGUUUUCCUUAACCCACACCUGUUUCCAUCCCUACCAACCAGCACUGACCUACACCACUGCCCCUGGGUUCCACCCAGCGGAAGCUCUGUGCACAGUCUCAGGCCAGUCUAGCCCACAAGUUCUGCAUUGCUCUUCUGUCAGCCUCGCUUAGAUUUUGGGGUCACUUCUAUAGCUCCCCAGGCUAAGGGGUGGUUUCCGGCUGUGGGGUCAGGUGAGCAAGUAUAGACUGCAUGCUGGCACCUGCUCCAAAUCCAGAGCAGUAGGAGAGGGACCGUUGAAGGGAGAAAACCUUCCACUGAUGGAAAGUCUGGUCAGAAUUCUUCCUUGUUCUGCUCUUCAGGAAUAGCAGUGAGACCUGGGACUGCAGCAUUUGUGUGUGUGUGUGUGUGUGUGUGUGUGUGUGUGUGUAUGUGUGUGUGUAUAUGUGUGUGUCCAUCUUCCGGAGAGACACUGAAAGACAGUGUCUCCAACUCACCAAGAGCAACUGGUGAUCUUUUCAAUGAUCUUUAUUAUUUUGAUUAUCAUUGUUGUUAAUUAUUUGCUGUCAUUGCAGUGCUGAGGCUCAAACCCAGCCCUUGUUCAUGCUGGGCAAUCACUCUGCCGCUGAGCCGCAUGCGAGGCCCAUUGCUGUGGUGACUGUUUUGUUUUUGGUUUUUUUGACACGGUUUCUUGUAUCCCAGCCUUGAACUCUACAUAGGCUAAGGAUGAGCUUGAACUCCUGGUCCUUCUGCUUCUGCCUCUAAAGUUUUGGGAUUACCUGUCUGUGCCUCUACAUCGAUUGUUUGCAGUUCUGGGAGCUGAACUCAGGGCUUCAUACAUGCUGGGCCAGCGCUCUACCACCACACCUCAAUCCCAGCCCCUCUCAGUGAUCUUUAAAUGAGCUCUACCUGAAUCUCAAACCAAAGUGUUCCCCUAGACGUGCUUUGGGGAGAAGCUGUCUGGCGGCCCCUUUACAUUUACCCUCCAGACAGUGAAGAACAGAGCACGACAGAGUAUUGAAAGGCUGUCCCUCUCCUGUCCCCCAACAAAGUCAUUGAACAAGAAGAAUCCAUUGUCUUUUAUUUGGGGUGGUGGAAAGGUGGUAACUGCAGGCAUGGCUAGAUUCAGCAGAGCUCUCAGCGGCACCUAGGCCUCUUGACUUCUUGUCUCUUUGCCCAUUGGCCUCCUGUUUUCUCUCUGCUGAAAGGCAGCUCCAAGCCUGUACUCGCAGGGUUUCCAGUGUCUAAGAGAAAGAUGGGUCCCUAACUACAAACUCCCAAAAGAUUCUGACUGACCCUGCUCAAGUCAUACACAUGCACAGACUAGCAGGGACUGGGGAAUAAGAAGUCCUUCUGCAGGAAAGCUGGGUCAUAGCACCUGAAGAUGGCUGUGGUGGCAUCCACUGUGUCCUCCUACACUGGCACUCGGGAAAACCAGCAAUUAAAAAUAGCCCGAGAGUGCUUGGGAGAUGACUCAGCUGGCCAAAGGACUGCUGCACUAGCAUGAAGACCUGAGCAGUCGUGGAAAAAAACAGAUGUGCAGUGCACACCUGCAGUACCAGUGCUGAGUGGAAACAGGAGGAUGCCUGGCACUCACUGACCAGUCAGCAUAGCGGAAUUGGUGAGCUCCAGGCUCAAUGAGAGACCCUGUCUCAAAAAGUAAGGUGGAGCGCAAAUGUUGAAGACACCUGAUAUCAAUCUUCGGCCUCCACAUGUGCACACAGAUGUAUCACACAUGCACAAAAGAUGUCAUCUUCAGCUCUACAUAUGCACACACACAUAUAUCACACACACACAUAGAAGACACCUGAUAUCAAUCUUUGGCCUCCACAUGUGCACACACACACAUACAUCACACAUGCACAAAAUGUCCCCCAGGAGGGCCUGCCAAGCUUGUGCCCUUUCCCUUACCCCAGGAUAGACAACCACAUGGUGUGGGUUUCUUCCUCCACUUCGUUCAUCAUCCCGCUGUGGCCAGAUCAGAGCGAUCUACACCAAUAUGACUUCUUGAAACCCCAGACUUUCUUUCGCUUGCUGUGAAACCCUGUGCAGGUGACUUGACUUCUCUGUGCCUCAGUUACCUCAUCUGUAAGAUGGGGAUGGCAGUGCCUACCUCACCAAGUCACAGUGGGACAGAGGACGUGACCGGCAAGGCCUCCACACACAGAACGCACUUGAACUCAGUGACAGCAUCCCAG